AUGUUCAAAGUUGGAAGCAUUAUCCUACUCAGCCUAUUCGCAGUAGCUUUGGGUGAAGAAGAAAUUGAACUGAACGAUAAAGGAUGCCCUGUGGACAACUCGAUUUAUAAAAUUUUGCCUCACGAUAACUGCAAUAAGUUUUACAAAUGCAGCAACGGUGAACCGGUCGAGUUUCAAUGCCCGAAAACACUAAUGUUCAGUUUAAACGAUGAAGUAUGUGAUUGGCCUCGUGAGGUGGACUGUGGUAACAGAAAGAAGGAAGACGAAGUUGCAGAGGUAGAUGAAGAAUCCAGCGAUCCCAAAGUUAUUUGCGCUCGAGCUGGUUCUAAUGGCGCGCUGAUCCCUCACGAAUAUUGUAACCAGUUGUAUAUGUGUGCUCGUGGGGUACCUAUUGAACUACAAUGUCCCAAUCCCCUUAUGUAUAACAAAGACACCAAACUUUGCGAUUGGGAAAGUGAGGUUGAGUGUGGAGACCGACUGGUAGAAAAAGAAGAAGUCGAACAUCCCGAAGAGAAAAAAUAAGAAAUAUUUAUUUAUAAUGAUAUGUUCUUAAUUUAUG